CGGAGCCGUGUUUCGCGCGCCGUUCACAACGCUGGAUCGAUUCAAAUAUGGCUGUUGCGGCUCUCCGCUUCUGCUCGUGAUUCCUGCCAAUGCCCUUCCCCGCUUGUGUUGUUCCGUGUGCUGUCUCAAAAGUGUCGUGUUGCUUCGCCUAAGUGUUUUUAUAGACGUUGCGAAAUCAACGCGUAGGUUUGUAGAGUUUUUUAAAGCUUUAGAAUGGCUGGAAAACGAGACUACUGCGACAUGGAAGCCCUGAAGAGGGUGCUGAACGGGUCGUGGGAUGGAAACGCCGUCCAGUUCUUGCAGAAGUACGAAAUUGAACGAACGGCCAUGUCAAACCCACUGCUACAAAGACUGGAAAUUUCAGACAAGUCCGUCAUUCUGGUCCAACGCUAUCAGUCUCGCAAGAUGUCCCGGUCCAAGUCGACGUCUUCGUCGUUGUUCAUCGACGACACAUCCGACAACGAGUGUGAACUGGAACUCUCCGGAUGUCCUUUAGAGUGGCCGAUGGAACCGCAGAGCUUUUCGCUUAUUGAAUCUCCGUCGUAUGAAGAUUCGAGCAAGAAUUCGGGAUCCCCCUGCAAAAGCAAGUUGAAGGCUCUGCCUGCGGAUGAAGGAAGGACGCUCCUGAAUGCGAUAGUGAACAUGCUGCAGAGCUACAAGACGGAGAUGGACCCAGUGUGGGUGGCCUGCGAUGGCACCGAUCCCCAGUACACGGCGUACCUGGGAUACUUUGUUGAAGGAGUCUUUGGCACAAACGUCACAGUCUCCUGCCGGGGUCCAAUUGAAAGCAAGGAAGACUUGCCAAGCUUUGGCUGCAUCCAGAGGAAACAUUUCUGGGGAUUGCACCAGUCACACACUCACACGAUUACGCAAGUGGAUGCGAAGUACGACGUCCUGCGCCACUACGACCCCUCACAGCAAAGCAGCCGUGAGGACAUCAUGGUCCUUGAAUGCUCCUGGCAAAAGGCUGCUGUGCUGCAGCAACCACCAAGUGCCGAUGCAGCCUGCCAUCUUAAUGUCCAAAUCUUGCCUGGAAAUGAACGCAGUCCUGCACGAUCUGUGUACAAAGAAAUGAGAUUUGUCAAGAAACUUGUCGAAUGCCUGACCUCGGGAGCAGUUGCGUGGGCACCAGAUCUUAAUGGGCCAACUCUCAUUGACAAGGUGAAAACGCUGCUGCAAGGGUCCCGUAAGGGUAGUUAUCGAGGAAAGUCAGGGACGCCAUUUCCGGACGUCGGUUGGAACUCAUCGGACUUUGACCUCUACAUUGAGACAGUGGUCAUGAGCAAGCGGCAGCCUGUGGAUUUCACCGACGAGAUGUGGAACGCUAUGUCAGGCUGUGGGACGUACCAGGAGCUCAAGGAAGGCUUCAGCAUGAUAUUUCGCGCUGUGCAAGCUGGGGAGAUCAAACCAUUGAUCGUUCCCAAGAACGGAACCAAGGUGGGUGCGUACCUGCGAAACAUGAGCCCGCAUUUUCGGCCGGAGUGCACCAUGGAGGGGCUGAUGCCAGUGCGCAUGCUGACUGAGAUCGGCCUCCAGAAACUCCAGCGAGACUUCGUCAAUAUCUUUGUUGGUCUGGAGCUGGCCAGUCAGGAGCAGCUGGUGCCUUUCCUUGUGUGCCCGACCCUAACGAACGAGGCCCUCGGCGAGCUGUGGAAGCUGCAAGCGGUCCUGGACAUGAUUAUGCUGUGCAAGACCUACCUGCACCUCCCCAUUCACUACCUGAGCGGGUACACCAGGGAAGCCCUGAAGUACUUCAGUAACUGUGAACGUGGCAAAUACAUCCACAAGUUCAGGUUCCCCCUGAAGGUUCCCCUUGUUCGUGUGGUGCUGGAAAACGUCUCCCCCAUGGAGUGGACUGCAUCCAUCAAGAGCCGACAGGGGACCCACACUGCCCACACCAUUGUCCACAUCAGCACCACUGCCCCUUUCGAUCACCUGCUGACUGAAAAGCAAUGCACGAUGCCCCACCACCUGCGGGAUUCGGACUACUACUGCACCAUCAUUUCCAGCACGCAAGACAAACUGAGAUUCUGAGACAACUGUCGUUCGGAUCAUGCCCAUGAUCCGAACAAGUUUGACGAUGACAGCGACUGUGAAAAGCUAUAUGGCGACGACAGCCUCAGUGCCAUGGCAGUCGCGCAGCUACUUCUCUGGAAGCUCCUCAAGCUCAUCAUUGACCAUUCCAGGAACUUGGCACAGUUUUGGUAGACUUGUGCCAGUGAUCGCAACAGCCAGUGCUUGUGCAGUGGUGAACAGUGCAUUCCUUGGGCACUUGAGGCUGACGAUGACUGCAAGGCACCUCACACAGCCUUCUUUAUUACAUUUAUAUUUGCUCAGAUGUCAUGCACCACUGAUUGUUAAGAAACGGUGCUGCAGUCCAGUAUUGUGGUUGCUAGACCUGUAUCCAGGCCCAUUGCCAGGAAUUUUUUCAAAGGAAGGGGGGGGGGGGAGGGCAC